AUGGCUCAUCAUCAACUACCGGAAUACGAUGACCAGUCGGACAACUGGAAGGCCUACAUCACGAUGGCAGAAGCUUAUUUUGAGGCAACUGGCGUCAGCGACUGGGGAAAGAAGAGGGCGUUGCUGGUAGCAGUAUCGAGUGCGCGCACCGUGCAACUGCUCUCAGGACAGGUUGCACCGAGGAAGCCAAACUCGCUGACGUACGAGGAAGCAGUCAAAGUUUUGGAUGACUACUUCGACCCCAAGCGUCAUGAAAUAACGGAGAGCUACCUGUUCUUCAAUUGCUGCCAGUUGGAAGGAGAGCCCAUUCAACAGUUCAUCGUUGAAGUUCGCAGAAUUUCGGAUGGCUGUAAUUUCGGUGGCAUGCUAGACCGGGUGCUUCGCGACAGGAUCGUCUGUGGAGUGAGGUCAAGCGCUGUUCAGAAGCAGCUAUUAGCGAAAACAGAUUUGACGUUGAGGGAGGCUGAAGCAAUUGCCAUAUCAGCAGAAGCAGCGGAAAAAGAUACAAAGAAGAUGUCUUCUGACAUUGAACCCGUGCUCAAGGUCAAUGCACGACAAGCUGAUGAACCGGUAUGCAAUGGCAAGCCCUUCUGUGUGUUCCAAAGCUCACCUGUGGAGACUCCACCACCAAAGAUGCUGCGGAGGCACGUGCAGGUCAGAGGCAAGAAGCAGUGGCACUAG